AUGUCGAAUUUGGUAGAAGCUAACCUAGCAAAAACUACUGGCAUCGUUGGAAUAGCAGUGGGGAUAUGUGGUCUGGGAAAUGUGAUCUGUGGCUUCAUUUGGCUUGGACAUAAUGGAUACGGAGGACACGGACUAUGGUCUGGCUUUGGGGUAGGUUAUUUUGUUACUAUUUAUCUGGAAAUAAAGCACUUCAGUGUGUAGAUACCAUAUAUAUACGCUUCCUUUAAGUUAUUGGACAACGGAGGGAAGUCAAGAAAACAGUGCAAAUAGGCGUUGAGGCAACGGACACAUGAGGUGCAGCCGGCGAUGGCGAUAAGUCGUUUAGCCCGAAGACUUCGCUUUUCUUAAACAAUUAACUCAUACUUAGUCUAAACAAAGUUAGUUUUACCUCUCUAUCGUCCCAUACUUCACUUCAUAUCGGAAAUUUUGAUUUUUUAUCCAUGUGUUGUUAAUUUCGAACAAGAGAAAUAUAUAUUUGAUUCUAGAAGGCUAGCAAUAGAAAAUUAAGUUUCUUCUUUUUUUUCAUUUUAUUAAUUUUCCUUGAAUUUCCUUUUUCCAAAGGGAGUUCUUAUAACUUCCAAUCUUUGAAAUAUUCGUCAAAAAUACUCUGUAAAGGUUUAUUUGUUUUAAGGACUGUGCUUUUAAUGAAAAAGUAUGGUGUGCGCUUUCAGAAUAUUGCAUGUGUGGGUGUCUUGGAAAAGUACUGUUGGACUCUUAGCUUGGAGGCUUUUUUGCCUUUCAUCGCGGCUGAGGGUCUUGAGAUAUCGCAUGAACAAAUUCUCGCUUUAAGAGUUGGCUAUCGAGUCACCUCAUGGAUACAGUUUCCGCACUGCAAAGCAGCCGACGUUGUUGAUUCAAUAAUUUAUACUCGCGUAAUGAUUUGGUGCAGUGCUACUAAUAUUGAGAGAGGAUUUCCAUCGUCAAUAUAGGGAAAAGAAAUAAGUAAGUGAUGGGUUUCUUAACUCUCUUCUGAUAGCGGCAAGGUACUUAAGAGACGCUUACUACUACGCUUGGUUUCUUAAAAGUAACCCUGCUCUUUGCAUUUAAUUUGCGUGUAAAUAGGUAUGCGUUAUAAAGGUUUGAUUAAACUGAAAAAUGACUUUAGAUUUCACAAAUUUAAAAAAAAAAUACUUCAAAUUUCAUGAAGCAUUAGGAUCAAGCUAUAAAAGUCUUAUAAAGAAAUGUAUUAACUGCGCAACUUCUUUCUGAACGGAUCUUGUGAUCUGUCAGUUAACUAAGGUGCCAUAUUGUCUCAAUUGUUUACCUUUUUAAUCAAUUCUCCUUCAGUCUUCCUCAUAUUUGCAUAUCAAAACCAUUAAAUCUUUCGAGGAGGAUUUACCGACGUAGAUUGAGUGCCGUGAAUUAAUGUUCCCUGACCACUGCUUGCUCCAAAAUCUGACACUGCACGCGGAUACUAACCAAUUUUUUUAACUCACAGGCCCCUUAUAAACCUAAGAUUUCACUGCUCGUGGAGCAAAUAUACAAAAACAUCAGUGCUCUUGAUAGACAAGUUAGAAUAGUGUUCGACACCUGCUACGCCGUACAUCUACACAAUAUUAAAUUAACAGAUUUAACUGAUUUAUCAAGUCCAAUACGACCUUGUUUUUUCAAGGGAACAUUUCCUAAAGAUUGACCUAACUCAAAACUAAUGCUUAUUCGUCCACUGCGUCAGGCAAAAGAAGAUCAUUUUAAUAGCAAAUCCUGACUUUGUCAAGUACACUCGUUGAUUUAUGGAAAUCUUUUUACGAGUCGUUAGGAUGCGGCUGCUGAGAAUUUAGUCAAAAUAUAAUACAAUAUGUUUUUCGUUUUAAGUUAAGAGCUCAUGUUUAGCUUCAGCCCUUUUUUCGAUGUCGAAAACUUGGGUUUCUCUAGAAAAGAAGCAAAUUUAGAUUUGUAGUCUUUACGUAAGUUAUAAUUAGCUCUUAUCCAGUCCCUACAAUAAGAGAGGGGUCAGCAUCGAAAACAAUUUCCUUGAUCCUGCGGACUGCCGUUUGGGCUAAAAAUAUGUUGGCGGCCUGGGUCCCUCGGUCCCCCCACCUCUCCCCCGUAGAUCCGCCGCUGAAGAAUAACAUUUAUAAUCUUCUGUCUUGAAAGGGAAUUAAAACUUUCUUUCUUUACUUUACUUCACUUAUCUUUACUUGCAGUUGAUUUUUGCUGCCGUAUUGGGUAUGAUAAUAUGGCGGAACAGAAACAAGAACUUGGUAAGUGCUUUCGUUUUUUGUUAUAAAAAUGAACCUGUUUAACUUUGAUGAUGAUGAUGAUGGUGGUGACGAUACGCUGACGAUGAUAAUGGUGGUGGUAAAGAUGAGUCCCGCAAAACCUAAAUUUAGAAAAAUAUUGAUUCUUUUUUCCCUUGCUUCUUGACUCUUCCUUGUCGAAUGCGGCUAAGUGUUGACAACUUUUAUGUAGUGUAGUUUCAUACGAGUACCAAAAACAACUCUCAUUAUCCAACAGAUGAUAUUUUUCCUCGUGACGUGCAUUAUUCUGGUGAUUGUCAUGAUUAUCCAAGCCGCCAUUGCAGCUAUAGCGUACGUCUUCUGGAGUCUGUUCCAGGUUGCAGCGGACUGUAGGGUAUAUCGUGGUCGAUGUCAUUGUAGAAACAGCAAAGGCGAAUCUAUUCCUAUUGAAUGUAAGUACAGUUAAGUCUGUAUUAACCGUACACCGGCGGGACCAUCCUUAUUUCCUUGCAAUACAGGAUUGUUUUACCGAAAAUAUGGAGAUUUAGUGUAGGACAUGCCAAUAUUAUAGUGAGGCAAACUUGAGUUAGUGUCUCAGGAAACUCCAAGAAUAAUGCACUUAUUUUACCUCUUGAUGUAGAAGAAACCGAUUGUUUACAGACCAUUGGCAGAUCUAGGGGAGGGACCCCACCAUAUUUUUAGGCCAAACUGAAGCAGCAGUGUUUUACAUAGGCCGAAGUUCAAUAAUUUUUUAUAAACAUGUGUUAGUGGGACGAGGCUUAUUUUUUGGUUUUCUAUUUUCUUCAUUUCGUCAAGUGGAGACAUGCGAGCUUAUUUCUUUGAUUGACGGUCUCUUCCUCGCCAUUACCAUAUUUUCUGCACUGGGCACGAUUACGACCCUGGCUGGCUCGAUUAUUGGGUGUUUGGGAACUUGCUGUGCUACGAAUCAGGUGAGGCACUUCACUACGAAUUCAAAGGCAGUUGCCAAGGAUUUCAGCGAUUAGUGCAUAUUCUGUCUCAAAUUAGUUCCUUUUUAAACUUUUAUUACUGUUCUAUUAUAUCUUAUUUACAGCAUACUCAAGAUUUGAAACUUGAAAGUGAGGCCGACAAAUUCUUGUCGAUCAAUAGAAUUUAUACUGUAAUUCUUUUCCAAAGUGUUGAACGACUGUUUUUUAUUACAAGCUCUACUUCCAGAACCACGCCAACAAAGUACUAUAAUGCUAAGCACGAUGUCUUUGCGGAACUCACGGGAUUGCAUGUUACUACAGCCAGCUAAUCAAUAAAAUGCGGUGAUGAAAUAAUUCACUCCCACGCCCUUAAGGUGAUGUCACACGAGACGAUUCGCAACGAAGAUUUUUAGCGCAACACAGCGUUGCAACAUUGUUGCGACAUCGUUUCGAAUGGUCACAACAUUGUUCCAGUAUUGCAACGCUGUGUUGCGAAUCGUUCCGUGUAACAUCACCUUUAGACAGCCUAUUCUUUUAAUGGUUAAGCCUGUACUCUUCUGUACAGUAAAAGAGACGAACACGGAUCAUCCAAUCUCAGACUCGCAGAUGGAGUCUCAGUUCCGUAGAUCGAUUGCACUACGAAGUAAUUUGUCGAAGAGUGUUUUUUUUGUUUUUUUUUUUUAAGAGAAUGCCCUUUUGGGUCUGGUAUGCGACGAUGUUGUUACAGACCGUUGCAGCUUACUGCUUACUUCAGUAGAACCGUUGUCAAGUGCCAUGUGCGAAAACGCCGGAAUCUUGUCAAAAAAUGGUUGAUCGCUCGAAUAUUGUCUUAGACCCAUAAUAAUAUUCUGUUUCUCUUCUGUUUUAUGUAUCAAGCAACCUGGAAUGGUAGUGGUGCAUCAACCAGCUGGUACCCAGUCCUCACUGAUGUAUACUUCCCAGCAGUACCCCUCUGGACAAUAUCCUGCUCAAAACUAUCCGCCCCAGUAUCCCGCGGCAGGCCAUUACCCUCCACCACAGUACCCCGCAGCCACUGGGCCCGUAGACUCUGGAGCAAUACCGCCUAAAGCAUAGAAAACUUUAGCUACAACAAACUAUAGCCGCCAUACAAGCUUUUUUAGUAGUGGGUUUAUAAAUCAAAAUGUAGCCUUUGACCAGUCCCAGGAAAUGUAAUUUAGAGAGAAGCCGAAGGUCAUUUGCAAGACCCUUUUUCGCUUUACUCCAUUUAUCUGCUUUACCUGCGACUUGUGCUCAGUAAGUUAAUAACUCAAAAAAGAUAUAAGAUUACUAACAUACGCGCAAUGCAACUUAGCACCAACCACGGUUAGAGAGAAUGUAUUAAAGCUGCAAUAAGGCAUCGGAUCUCAGGUAAACGUUGAAGGUACAUUACCAACCUGAAGGUACACUACUGACCUGAGCGUUAGAUUUACAGUGGAACCCUACCUUACGGCCACUUCGGUAAUAAGGUCACAUUGUUAUUACGGCCACUUUUUUCGGCCCGGCCCGGCAGAAGAGCCAUACAUUUUCUUAUAAAACAAACUCCGUUUAAUAAUGCGGUCACCCACGGCCAAAUUUUUUUGACCCGUUGGUGACAGUAUUAACGGGGUUUAGCCUGUUCCAAGCGGUGAAAAGUCGUUCCGUAAAAAGGAAUGCGAAAAACGCCCGGGGGCUGGGAAGAGACAGGGCGCAUUUUUCCCCUUUUUCCCCGCUGCCACCACCCACUUUCCCAAGUCGCGCGCGUCUUAUUUUCGCUUUGCUCGUUUUAAUACGUCCCCACUAUACUAUCUGAGAGCCUGGCACAGGCUAGCGGGGUUCCACUGUAAGUACCAUUUAGGAUGAGGCUAUGUUCACAUGCACUAUACCGCUUGAUUUCUCCGUUCACAUAGCCUGCUUAGCGAAUGAUGAAGCCGCGACGGAAUAACGUUAAAAAAAUAUCCAUACUAGCGCCUUCAAAAAAUCAUUCGUUUACAAUCAUUGUAUAGGUGUGAACGGAAGCCGUUACGGCAAGAGUUUAUGGUAUCCCUCACUGAAGAAAGUUAUGACCGACUCGUGUGGACCGUGUGAAUAUAACCUGCAGUAGUAUAAGUGUAAUACAGCUUUAGAAUUGUAAGCCAGUUAUUUUCUUACUACUUAUACUGUCACUCUUUUGAACAGCAUCAGGAGCCUAUCAAAUGGAGCCUCCAUCUCCCCAUACAAAUACAACCCUUUAGAAUUUUAAUUAGAAGCCAGACUUAUUUCACAACGACGAAAUUACUGCUAUUAUACUGUCAGCAGGAAAUUCGGUGUUGACAGGCCAAACAGAAUCAUAAGCUAGUGGAACGUGACUUUAGCGUUUUCAUUUUUUUUUUCUUUCUAGCGGGUAGAUUAUACUGUGGAGAGUUUUAAACUCUGACUGUGUUAAUCUUAAUCUUGGUUGCUUGUCUCACAUUAAGAGGCCAUGAAGAUGGUCUGUUACAUGCAUAAUGAUUAACUACUACCUGCGGCUGUAGUUCUGACAGGAUUCUUUUUUUUUUUAGCCAAUUUUUUUGAGCGUUAAGGUUCUUAUUUCGGCUAAAUGACUCAAUAUUAAUCAAAUUUCUAGCUUUUCAAGGUUUUUUUUUCCGAAAUGCGUUUAUCUGAAUAAAUACUUGUAGUUCUUGUGGUUGUUUUGUCCGUCAGCUAGUGUGAUGAUUCCCUGCUAUGUUGUAACGCCGGGCCCAGCCAUUGUUUUCUCGCACAAAAGUGAUCUACAGAUGCGAAUUCGAAGGAAGGAAUUGAGCCUAAACUUCUACAUUAACUGCUGAGAAUUGUCCUGUUAGUCAGUCAUAAUUCUUUUUAUGCACAGAUACAAGCCAUUUUGUUUUUCUUGAGAUAAGUGGGUCUUUGGACUGGAGCGCGAUGUCACAAAUUCCUCUGUUAGCAAAUUACUUUUGAGUUAGCUUCACGGUCGAGCAACUGUUGUCUUCUGGUCAACUUUUCAAGUGCCAGUUUUAUCAGGCAACUCUCAUGGUGAUACAAGUCAGUUGUAAAGGAAGACUGCAAUUUCUCAAAUUUCGGAACUGAAGCAUUCCUCGUUAGUUGCUACUUAGGUCAUCGCUUUUGCACGCGGUGCUUAUCCACUCCACGGUGAUGACAAAAAUCAAAUGAUCCCGGCACUUUUUCGGCGCUGAUCAUCGAAAAGUUCCAAAUCCUCCACAGAACGCUUAAUCGUCGACUCUUUUCAAGGUCCAUGCUUAAAUGUGGGAUGUAUGACGGCAAAAAAAAAAAAAGAACACUCGCAAAGAUAAACCCUUUCGCUGUCUUUGUCCCAUCGCUUCAUGCUCAGUCUCAGUCGAGUAAUUCAUUAACUUUUAUUUCAUGAUACCCAGAUCCCAGCGGCUGUGAAAUUGUAAAAAUGGACGUAAAGGAAAAAAGGAAAACGGUCGAAGGACGAGCUUCUGAGUUCGACUUCAUCUAAUUUUAUUUUUGCACGGUGCGGUGACACACGAGACUCACGGAAAUAUGACACUUUUCGCGGGAAACUAGCCGUUCUAUUUAUAAAUCUACUCGGGAAAGGGUUGACUCAAGAAAUUAAUGGAGAUGGAGGCUCCAUUUGAUGGGC